CUCGCACUGAGGGGUCUGCACCGUGGGCAAGUAGCAGCGAGGCCACGGCGGCGCCCCCACCCCCGGCGCAGGCGUGCAUCAGCGCGGUGCGCCCCAGGCGGUCUGCGAUGUUGGGGUCCGCGCCUUGCUCCAGGAGAUUGGCCGGGAGAACUCACCAAUGGGGAGCUCUGAGAGGCGGACCUACAGCGCCAGCAGCUAGAGGAAGACCAGCAAAUUUCAAGUUGGCUGCGACGUGGGCUCUGCGUGGGGGAGGGGCGGCAGGUUUUUCUCACUGGAUCACUGAAUACUCAGGCCCCCUCCACCAUGGCCAGUCGGGGUGGGGGCCGGGGUCGUGGCCGGGGCCAGCUGACCUUCAACAUGGAGGCUGUGGGCAUUGGGAAGGGGGAUGCUCUGCCCCCACCCACCCUGCAACCUUCUCCACUCUUCCCUAUGUGGAGCGUUACUCAGACAAAUAUCAGAUGUCAGGGCCGAUUGACAAUGCCAUCGAUUGGAACCCUGAUUGGCGACGUUUACCCAGGGAGCUAAAGAUCCGAGUGCGGAAGCUACAAAAGGAACGGACCACCAUCCUGAUUCCCAAGAGGCCCCCUAAGAACACAGAAGAUAAGGAAGAAACAAUACAGAAACUAGAGACCCUGGAGAAAAAGGAGGAAGAAGUGACUUCAGAGGAAGAUGAGGAGAAAGAAGAAGAAGAAGAGAAGGAAGAGGAAGAAGAAGAGGAGUAUGAUGAAGAAGAACAUGAAGAGGAAACUGAUUACAUCAUGUCGUAUUUUGACAAUGGAGAGGACUUUGGGGGUGACAGUGAUGACAAUAUGGAUGAGGCUAUAUACUGACAAAGGACCCUGAACAGCACCCUGGACCUUUGGAUCUUUCUGGUUUAAGAUACAGAGAGUAACUGUCCCUAUUAUUUGGUUUUGUGGGCAGGCAAAUCAUUUGCUUAGAGCCCAGAUAAACUGUUUGGCCCUGGAGAUAGGAAUGGACAGUGAUGACAGAGCUCCCUUAAAGGGCCAAGGACCAAUGUCUUAAUUGUAUGAAAGAAAGAAAGAAGGGUCAAAGAAAUACUGGAGUUGUUAGAGCUGAGAGAGCUGUACAUAAGCCCCCACCCACUUUUUUAUAGUGAAAGAUAAUCGGGGGUGUGUGCAGUUAGGAGGAGUAAGGCCAGCUUUAUAUUUUUAAAUAAAAUGUUUUUAUCUGCC